AUGAGAGCUUCUAGUGUGCUUAACUUCCAGCAGACAGCUGUGGCAAACUUAAGAAGACCAUGGCAAACAUUCAAAGAUGGUCAAAUUUGGUAUGGUAUGACUACUAGGGGGUCUAAGAGACACCCAUUAACUACGAAACAAGGAAACAAGCAUUACUAUAAAGGUACGGGAUCUUCAGGUUAUGGUAAGUUAAACAAGUCAGGUGUAUACAUAGUCAACUGGGAAAAAGUUAGAACAUACGUUGUUCCAGCAGACUUGCACACUACCGAGUUAAAGCCUUUGGUUUCACCAAAUGUUCCUCAGAUAUACCAGAAAUUCACUGGGUAUUCAGAUGGAAUGAAGAGCCCUGAGUUAGCAUGGAAAAACAUAGUCGAUUUCGUUGAAUACGGUGAAAACUACAAUGAACAAGAUUUGGAAGAAAGCCAGUAUUUGGAAGAGUUCGUAAACCAUGACAUCCAAACGGCCGAACAGGCAGAAAACGUUGAAGCCACACAAUAG